ACUUUAUUCAUAAGUUCUUUAUACUACCAGCGCUCUGGACUUCGUCUUUGCCCUUGUUGAGAUAUUCGCCUCUCUGGUAUUCGCACGUUCUGAACCGAUUGUUAUAAGCUUGGCUACUUACACGGGAGGUUCAUUUGACUCGACGAUCCACAUGUUCACAAGUUGACUCAGAAUAGUAGGAACCACGCAUCGAGUACUUACAAUGAUUUCUAAGAUUGACGUCUCUGCCUAUGUCUUAGGGGUAGGGCUCACAAAAUUCAUCAAGCCGCGAGGUUUGCGAGAAUACCCGGAGAUGGGCUAUGAAGCUGGUGUCAAGGCGAUGCUGGAUGCCCAAAUCAACUACGACGAUGUUCAGACUGGAGUUGCCUGCUAUUGUUACGGGGACACUACCUCCGGACAGAGAGUCUUCUACCAAUUCGGGAUGACAUCUAUUCCAAUCUACAACACCAACAAUGCCUGUGCAACUGGCUCGACAGGGCUGCAUCUUGCCCGCACCCUAAUCAAGAACGGCGCCAUAGAUUGUGCACUAGUCAUCGGAUUUGAAAAGAUGGAGCCAGGUAGCAUCAAGAGCAAGUGGAGCGACAGACCAAGUCCAAUGGGCUUAUCCGCAAAAAUGAUGUAUGAACUCAGUGGCAAGGAAAGAGGACCUCCGAAUCCACAAUACUUUGCCAAUGCUGGUAGGGAAUACAUGGAGAAAUACGGAGCAGAAGCCCAAGACUUUGCCGAAAUUGGACGCAUCUCACAUGCACACUCGCAGAAGAAUCCCUAUGCACAGUUCAACCAGGCAUAUAGCCUCGAAGAGAUUGAGAGCUCACCGAUGAUUCAUUUUCCUCUGACCAAACUCCAGUGUAGUCCAACGUCAGAUGGUGCUGGAGCUGCCGUCAUAGUCUCGCAAUCUUUUCUGGACGCCCGACCACAUCUCAAGUCGCAAGCAAUCCUCAUCGCAGGCCAAAGCUUGAUGACAGAUACGCCAGAACUCUACUCCCACAGUGCCAUGUCACUUGUCGGUUAUGAUAUGACCAAGCGUGCAGCACAAGCCGCAAUGAGGGAGGCCGCAGUAUCGCCAAAGGAUAUUAAAGUCUGUGAGAUUCACGACUGUUUCUCGGCCAAUGAACUUAUCCUUCUCGACGGGCUCGGAUUCUCGAAGCCGGGUGAGGCUCACGAGAUGGUACGUAACGGAGAUAUCACGUAUGGAGGACAGGUCGUGGUGAAUCCUUCUGGCGGCUUAAUCUCCAAGGGGCAUCCAUUAGGAGCGACAGGCUUGGCACAAUGUGCGGAGUUGACAUGGCAACUGAGGGGAUGGGCAAACAAUAGACUGGUAGAUGGAGCUACAGUAGCUUUGCAGCACAACCUGGGUUUGGGAGGCGCUGUCGUCGUGAAUGUGUACAAGAGGGCAGAUGGUGGGGUAAAUAAGAAGUUAAGCGAUCAGGAUAUCAAAGACAAGAGCUGGCUCGGGUACAAUGCUGCUGUUGAGGCAAGGGGCAUUAGUAAGGAGGAUGCGGAGAAAGUUAGAAGUCGGAAUUGUAAGAGCCAAUGGGCUCUAGGUGACACAGAGCAGAGAUUAGCAGCAAGAUUAUAAAUGUUCUUAAAGAUAUAUCUUAGUAUAUAAAGGCGA